CCCCCCUUCUCUUUUCUCCUCUUCUUUCCAGACAUGCAAAAUUACUCUGGCAGUCCUCGAUGUGUCUCUCGGCUGCGCUGCCGCCUCUGACUUUCCUCUUCCAGAUGUUGACAGGCUCCGAACUGAAUCGGCGGCCAGAGAGGAACGCUCUUCUUCUAUCUGCAUGGAAACUGAAGGGGGGAUGAACAGCAGAAGGGCAGGGAAACCAAAGUUGGAUAUUUUUCUGGCACAUGGAGGCAAUUACCCAGAGCGCAUUCCAGAGGCGCUGCUUUGAAUUUUGAGCAGGUCUGCUUGUCAUUCCUGAGUGGAAAGAAGUGGGGGGAAAAAGGGAAGAAAAGUCUCGCUCACAGUGGCGGAAUGUCUGUGCUGCCCAUCCUCUUCCUAGCCUCCUGUUCUACUUGGAUGUCACAAGCUCAAACAGAAUUUAAAAGAGUGGCCGAAGGAAACGUGACUUUACCCUGUCAUCAUCGGCUGCACCUUUUGGAGCCAGCAAGCCUGGAUAUUGAGUGGCUGCUAAAGAAUUCUGAAGCAGAACCCAAAGUGGUGAUCACUUAUGCAGGAGGCAACAUCUAUCAUGAUAUGAUCGAAGAACAAAAGGGUCGUGUUUCAUUUGCCUCCAAUUUCCUGACUGGAGAUGCCUCUUUGGAGAUUUCUCUUCUGCAGCCAAGCGAUUCUGGGCAAUAUACGUGCAAAGUAAAAAAUGCUGGACAGUACGAAUGGACUCAUAUCACGCUGAAAGUUCUAGAGAAACCUUCCAAACCCAAAUGCUGGAAGGAAGGGGAACCAUCAGAAGGAAAAGAAAUCACUUUACAAUGUAACUCUGUCUCCGGCACAGCCCCUAUAAUGUACACGUGGCAGCGUGUCGAUGCAAAGGGAAAACUGGAACCCCUGCCGCCCUUGACACGGCUCAAUCUGUCUAAUCCUGCCCAAGUUAUUAUGAAGAAUCUCACAUGGAUGUUCACAGGAUCAUACCAGUGUACUGCCUCCAACGAAGCAGGAGAGGACACCUGCGCUAUACAGGUGACAGUGCAAUAUCCCCCAAAUGUUGGCAUCAUUGCUGGAGCAGCCUGUGGAGUGAUAGGGGUAUCCUUGCUAGUUGUCCUGGUUGUGUGGCUAACUAUCAAAAGGAAAGAAAAAAAUAAAUACGAAGAAGAGACUCCAAAUGAAAUCAGAGAAGAUGCAGAGGCACCCAAAGCCCGAUUGGUCAAGCCUGGCUCUUCCUCUUUGGGUUCCAGAAGUUCACACUCUGGUUCUUCCUCAACUAGAUCAACAGAAAACAGUGCCUCUCGCAGUCAGCAAACACUGUCAACAGAAGCUACCCCUCACCUAACCCCAACACAGCACAGCCACCUGGAAAUGAAUGGCAGGAAAAUUGAGCCAAAGAGAAGUAACUACACCACUCUGACGAAAACAGAAGCUACCACUGCAAGGGUGCCUGCUCAGAGUCGAGCUUUUCAAACCGUUUGAUUGCUGUUCCAGCUAUUCUGGCUCCAGAAUCAUAUCCAGAAUUUACACGCACCAGCAUUAUGCAAUUAGAUUUUAUUUUCCAAUGCAACAUUUGUUUUCUAUAUUCACACACACACACACACACAAACAACAAAAACCCUCAGUAUUUCUGAUCUUUCUGUUAUGAGAUACUGUACAGGCAGACUUGGGGGGAAAAAAACUCAUGUUGACUUGUAAAAACGAUUUCUAUUUUUUAGGAUUUUUUUUUUAAAAAAUGUGAUUAAUCCUUACACGGAGAUAAGGGAAUGUUGACGCAAUGGGAAUAGCAUUUUGCAGUUUUGAACCAAUUGCUUUUUUAAAGAAUACAGUGGAAUACAGAUAGUCCAAGAGAAUUCUGAAGGGAAAAUGAAAUGCAUACAUACACAAUUGUCCUCCCAGUUGUGACCUCAGUUUUUCACUGCUGAUGUUAAGUCAGAUCAGCUUCAAAAGAAAACUGACAGUACUUUGCAUAUAGCUUUUUUCUUGAAUUACCAACAUUUGGACAAAUCACCAACAAAAGCUGUAACUCUGGAAAAAAGCAAGAAGCAAUACUGGGCUAUAAUUGGUCUUCUUUACUGGAGGGACCUUCCGUGAACAUGGAACUGCAUUUAUUUAAGAAGGUAUGUAUGACUGAAUACGACUAAAGAAUAUAAAUAUUAGCCCACUGUGACCAAGCUAAUGUAUUUGUAUGUAUGUAUAUAUUCAUAAAUAAGAAGCAAUUCCACUGAAGGGAAUUAUAUCCUAAUGGAUCAUUAGAAUGUGAGAUCAGAAACAAA